AUUUUCACUUUUUUCUUUUGUAUAUUUUUCUCUCUCUCACUUUUAACAUACUCUCGGAACCCUACCCUCUCUGGUUUCUCUCUCUCUCCCCGCAAAAUCGUUCGGACCCGGGAAAUUCACCUUCCCGUCAAUUGAUUGACCCGAUCGGCGGUCUUGAAAAUGCAGCACCAGAGGCUGAAGCAGCAACAACAAGCCUUGAUGCAACAAGCUCUCCUGCAACAACAGUCUCUCUAUCACCCGGGCCUCUUAGCUGCUCCUCCGAUUGAGCCAAUACCAAGUGGAAAUUUGCCUCCUGGGUUUGAUCCAAGCACAUGCCGCAGUGUGUAUGUUGGGAAUAUUCACCCACAGGUGACUGAACCUCUUCUGCAGGAAGUUUUUGCUAGCACUGGUCCUAUUGAAGGAUGCAAGCUUAUACGAAAGGAUAAGUCAUCCUACGGUUUCAUUCAUUACUAUGACCGUAGAUCUGCUGGCCUUGCUAUAAUGUCGCUGAAUGGCAGGCAUCUGUUUGGCCAGCCUAUUAAAGUGAACUGGGCAUAUGCUAGUGGUCAGAGGGAAGAUACUUCUAGCCAUUUCAAUAUAUUUGUAGGUGACCUCAGCCCUGAAGUUACUGAUGCCAUGUUAUUUGCUUGCUUCUCCACAUUCCCUAGCUGUUCUGAUGCAAGAAUCAUGUGGGAUCAGAAGACUGGGCGCUCUAGGGGUUUUGGAUUUGUUUCUUUUCGAAACCAACAGGAUGCUCAAAGUGCCAUUAAUGAUAUAACCGGAAAAUGGCUUGGCAGUAGACAGAUACGAUGUAACUGGGCAACUAAAGGCGCCAAUGCCAAUGAUGACAAACAAAGUUCUGACUCAAAAAGUGUUGUGGAACUAACAAAUGGUUCAUCAGAAGAUGGUAAAGAGGCUGCAAAUAGUGAAGCUCCUGAGAAUAACCCACAAUUCACCACUGUGUAUGUGGGCAAUCUUGCUCCCGAGGUAACUCAGGUUGACCUUCAUCGCCACUUCCAUGCCCUUGGUGCGGGAGUCAUUGAGGAAGUUCGUGUACAGCGUGAUAAAGGUUUCGGUUUCGUAAGAUACAGCACCCAUGCUGAGGCUGCUUUGGCUAUUCAGAUGGGAAACACACAGUCAAUUCUUUGCGGAAAACAAAUUAAGUGCUCAUGGGGUAACAAGCCAACGCCACCCGGAACAGCUUCAAACCCUCUCCCACCACCAGCGCCAGCGCCCUUGCAUGGCCUAUCAGCCACUGAUCUUCUGGCUUACGAGCGGCAGCUAGCAAUGAGCAAGAUGGGAGGGUUCAACGCCCUCAUGCACCCUCAGGGUCAGCACACUCUAAAGCAGGCGUCGAUGGGUAUGGGUGCUGCCGGAGCCAGCCAAGCCAUUUACGACGGCGGUUUUCAGAGUGUGGCUGCUGCCCAGCAACUCAUGUACUAUCAGUGAUAUUGCCAUUCAUCUGGCACUACCAUUGCCUUUGUCUGUGUUACUCUUUUAGUUUUGUUUAAUGUUACAGUAUUUUUUUUUCCCAGCUUUUUUAAGAGGUGGUGCAUAUGUGUGCCACGUGUAUCGUGUAUCGGUGUAUGUUCUAUCUCUGCAUUUGUAGGAAUGAAUGGUACUAUAGUUGAAUAUUCCUUUGCGCUGGAAUUGCGCAUUGCUUGAUA